GAUAUGGACAUCGAAACUACGUCACCUGUGGAUGCAGAAACACAGGCAGAACUUCUUCUAAGCACCUAGUCGAGACCAUCAGAGUAAGAAAAAUGGAAACAAGUCAUUAUAUGAAUUCACCAGCCGACAGAAGGAUGGAAAGGGUGACAACGGAUUCAGGAAAAUCCAAAAUCUACCUGCUGAUUGGAGUCUUUUUUUUCCUGCUGUGCGUCACACAAUCAAUACUCAAUGCUUACUUUUGGUAUCAAUCUGUUGGAACUUCGAAAGGCUUUAAUGUCUCAGUGUGCAAUGUCACCUUGCUGGAAGAAAUCCGAGAGGUUUUAUCAGAGAGAGAUCAACUUCUUAAACAGGAAGACCAACAUCUUGGACAGAUAGACCAACUGCUUCAGGAGAAAAAAGAAUUGCUUGAGAAGAACAAACAACUACAUCAAGGUCACAUCGAGCUGCACAACAAUGUGCAGCAAUUGAAAGAAGAAAAAAGAGAACUCCUUCAAAAUAAAGUCAAACUGGAAGACAAGAUGACUAAACUCAGGCAGAGAAACAGGCUACUUAAAAAUGAAAAUAGCAGGCUCAAUCAAGAGAAAAAUCAACUUCUCUACUGGAAGGAGCAAAUUCAAAAAGAAAAAGAUGAGCUAGUUAAAGAGAAAAAUGACCUGAUUCAAAUUGAACUUAAACUCACUGAACAAAAUGGAAAACUGCGUCAAGAGAAAUGCCAGUUACAACAAGAGAAGGAUUUACUGAAAAUACAAAUCAAAAACCUGGAAGAAAAACUUGCGGAAAAAGAAAAUCAGAUAUCAGAACUUCAAAAAAGAUUAAAUACAGAGGUAACAAGCCAAAGUUGUCCCCCGGGAUGGCUGAGGUUUAUGUCGAGUUGCUACCAGCUUUCUACAGAGCCAAACACCUGGAUAUAUGCCAAACAAAACUGUGAGACGAAAGGAGCUCAACUUAUGAUUUUGAAUGAUGAAACAGAACAGAGACCUUUCAUUGGAGGAAUGGUAAAAAUCUGGAUCGGCCUCUAUGUUGAAACAGACAGUUAUACCUCAUGUUGGAACAUGAAGGAUGUAAAUGGAAGACUGCUGAAAUAUAGUGCAUCAAACACCCCGAAACCAAAAUUUUGGACCGGUCUCUCCCAAAGUUGUGUUUACAUUGAUCAGAGUCUUCCAUGCAUGAGCUCUUGGUCUACGGGCACCUGUAGGGAAAAGUUCUAUUGGAUCUGUGAAAAACAAAUGAGCACCACUGGUGUUUGACUCCAUUCAUCAUGUGCAUGUCUGAGAGGAAAUCUCAGUUUAAAUCAAUCUCUUUUAACUAGGCCGGCAAAUUUUUAAUUGAAAAAGCUUCCUGGAUGGGAAGCGAAACGUCUUAAAACUUGGGAAAAAAAGACUAGUUGUUUGUUUUUUAACUUUUUUUGGAUGACUAUGACCUGGAUGACUGAAAUUCUUCACCAGCAUACUAACCCAAACUUUUUUAUUAUGGACAUUGCAUAUGGGUCUAUGAACAAUGAUUCACAUUUAAACAUUUUCUCUACUCAAAAUCGUCAAUUUCUGCAAAUAGGAUCAUGAUCUCCGAGUUUUUUUUUCUUAGAAGACACUAUUGACCUGUUGCUAGACUUUUGACUUUGCAUCUUUUCUGGACAGAUUUAUAUUUCUGUAGCAAGCCAUGCAUGUAUACUCUUUGCAUUUUAUUCCUUUAAAUCUACUCUCCCAGUGAUCCUCUGUUUAGCUAUCUUCUAAGCCUUGUUCUUUCCAGUUAAAGUGGAUGCUUUCGUUUUCAAUGUUAAAUUCCGCUUUCUCAGUUGCACAGUUCAAGGUAAAGAUAAACAAAAACUUCUGCUGAAUCAACAAGUUAAUUCUUGCAUUUUCUUCUUCCAUGUUCAAAAAUCACAAGGGAAUUUGUAAGACUGUAUAUUCCUACCCAUUACAAACUUCAACCAGAGUUCAUCUACUUCAACUAUUUACAAAGUCCCUUUUCCUCAGUUUCAUUGUUUGGGAUAACUUAAAUGUCACCAUUUGGAAAUAUAAAUAGAGUUAUUGAAUCGAUGUAUGGGUAUGAUUGGAUUUUAUUGUGCAAUUUAAAUUAAAAUAGCACAUUUAGAAAUAUUGAAAAAGAAUUAAUCCUGAUCUUACAUUUUUACUCUACUCAGCUGAUUUCCCAUGAGCCUUCAAAGCUGCAGGGAGAACAAACAUGUGGAAGUAUAGUGUUAGUUGUUUGUUUCCACCAGAGGGCUGUAUUGCUUUAUAUUCCAGGGCCAGGGGUCUGCAGCCCCAAGGGCUAAACACCCUCCACAAUGUCUCUUAAUAACUUUGGCUCAUCUAGAUUUCGAUUUUUUUUCCAAUUCCCUUCUUAAAGUCGCCAACCUCUUGAAAACAGUAACCCAUCAUUCACUCUGAAAACUACAAACCAAUAGUUCCUUCAUCAGGUGACAUCCAUUUUCUCCCCUUCAGAGACUCUUUUCCUGACAAUCUGGCAAUCCUGUUACCUUUUCAUUAUUUGUUCUA